GAGGAGCUAUUUGGAACAAGGAAGUGCAUGUGUGUCUGGCGAAGUAGUUUGAAUUGAAUAAUACCCGUCUGCAUUAAUCCUUGUGGAAUAUAUGUUAUUUUUUCUUACUUGAAACGCUAGAACAUGCACCUAAUGGAAGCAGCCAAUCGUCAGUACAGUGCAUAUCGUCUGCUGUUACAUGUAUUCUUACAGUUUGAGACUCCGGUUGUUGUCUGCUAGUUUAAAGGAUUUUUGCGAACUUAUCUUUUUCGUGCAUUGUUCAAACAUCCCUCGCUGAGUCAUGAAGAAGAGGUUUAAUAUCGAUUUGGACGAUUCUGCCUUUACUAAAGAGAGAACACCACCAAAGCCUCACUUUCAACCAUCAGUAACAGUGGGACAAAGCAAAAGCAAUGCAAGCGCAUCCCCAGGAAAGGAGACCCAGCAUUUGUCGUAUGCACAAUAUAUAAUCAAAGCUAAAGCUCAAGGGUCUGCGGUUCCUCGAUGUGAUGGGUCCUCUGAAAUGCCUACAUCUAAAAUUGAUGGAGCUACCACCACUACCUGUCCUAGGCAAAGUGAGCCUGACCCACUGCCGCCCAAGGUAGGACCAAGUGGCGGUGAUGAAGUGACAAAGAACGAGGAGACUUUGGGGUCCGGACCCAGUGGUCAGAGAGAAAUCAAUUGUCCAAGCUUCGGUCCAAAACCCGCAGGAUCCGGGAGUAGCAUCAUUGUCAGUUCCAGACAGAGGGGGAAUCCCAUUUUGAAGUUUGUGAGGAGUGUCCCAUGGGAGUUUGGAGAAGUGGUGCCAGACUAUGUCUUAGGCCAGACAACUUGUGCUCUCUUUCUCAGUUUGAGAUAUCACAAUCUGAAUCCAAACUAUAUCCAUGACCGACUUAAGCAGCUUGGACAAAGCUUCACCCUUCGAGUUUUACUUGUUCAAGUGGAUGUGAAAGACCCCCAUCAUGCAUUGAAGGAGCUGGCUCGAAUCUGCAUCAUGGCUGACUGCACUCUUAUUUUGGCAUGGAGUCCAGAGGAGGCGGGACGUUACCUGGAAACAUACAAGUCAUAUGAGAAGAAACCAGCAGAUCUUUUGAAGGAGCAAGUUGAAAAAAAUUAUUUGUCAAAGGUGACUGACUGCCUGACCACUGUGAAGUCCAUAAACAAGACAGAUGCUAUGACGUUACUUUCAACCUUCUCUUCUUUGGAAGGAAUCAUCAGUGCUUCAAAAGAAGACCUGGUUCUCUGUCCAGGCCUUGGUCCACAAAAGGCAAGACGUCUUUAUGAUGUGCUUCAUAAACCUUUCCUAAAAUCCAAGACAAAGUCUAACAGUUGAGGAUUCGGACUCUGCAGUAUGUGGCAUCACGAGACGGUUAACUUGAAAAGACACGCACAUUUUUUUCCUUCACAGUGCUGUUUAUAAUUAAUAAAUAUUGUCAUGGGAUAAUAUUACUGAAUCAUUCUUGAAAUGACAAUAAAUAUUGUAAAAUGUU